CGGUCUCCUCUCUUUCUACUUCAGCGCCAAGUAUGUGUUCUUCAUCGGCAUCUUCGGAACUGCCCUGCUCAGCUUCGUGAUUCCGCUUGCAGCACGCACACACUCGGGGGCUUUGAUCGCUGUCCGCGUGAUGCAAGGCCUGUUCGAGGCAAGGAGCCCGACUUGGUUGUCAUUCUUUUCGCUUUCCUCAUAUAUGCAGUUGAUAUUAGCUAGAAGCAGAUGGUAUUUUCAUGGUCUGGCUAACUUAUUCAGGGGCUGUUUGACUUGA